AUGCCGGGGAGAGCGUCGGACGAGCAGCAGGCGGAGGCCCCGGAGGAGCUGGGGGGCCUCACCGUGGAGGAGCUGCGGCAGGGCCAGGAGGCCGCGCUGGCCCUGGAGGACAUGAUGGCGCUGAGCGCCCAGACGCUGGUCCGGGCCGAGCUGGACGAGCUGUACCAGCAGGUGCGGCCGCUGGGCGAGGGUCGCUUCGGCCGCGUCCUGCUGGUCACCCACCGGCAGAAAGGCACGCCCCUGGCCCUGAAGCAGCUGCCCAAGGCCUCCACGUCGCUGCGGGGCUUCCUGUACGAGUUCUGCGUGGGCGUGUCGCUGGGCGCGCACCCCGGCGUGGUGGCCGCCUACGGCAUCGGCAUCGAGUCCGCCGACUCCUACAGCUUCCUGAUGGAGCCGGUGCUGCAGGGCGACCUGCUGCGCCUCAUCCGGCCCAAGGUGGGGCUGCCGCAGGCCGCGGCCCAGCGCUGCGCGGCGCAGCUGGCCUCGGCGCUGGAGCACAUCCACGCGCGCGGCCUCGUGUACCGGGACGUGAAGCCGGAGAACGUGCUGGUGCGCGACCCGGGCUGCGGGCGGGUGCAGCUCGCCGACUUCGGCCACACGCGGCCGCGGGGCACGCUGCUGCGCCUGCGCGGGCCGCCGCUGCCCUACACGGCGCCCGAGCUGUGCGCGCCGCCGCCGCUGCCGGCCGGGCUGCCGCUGCAGCCGGCGCUGGACGCCUGGGCGCUGGGCGUGCUGCUCUUCUGCCUGCUCACCGGCUACUUCCCCUGGGACCAGCCGCGCGCCGCCGACCCCUUCUUCCAGGACUUCCUGGCCUGGCAGGCCGACCGCCGGCCGGCCGACCGCCCGCAGCCCUGGUUCGGCCUGGCGCCCGCGGCCGACGCCCUGCUGUGGGCGCUGCUGGACCCCGAGCCGCGGAGGCGCAGCCCCGUGAGCGCCGUGCACGCCUACCUGGGCCGGCCCUGGAGGCAGCGGGCCGGGGAGGACGGGGAGGCCGAGGCGCUGGGGGACGGGGAGGAGGGGGGCGGAGAGUGA